GACAACAUGGCAGGAACUCAAUGUACAGCAGUUAGCUCAUGAAGUGUGACAAUUGUAACUUUAAGUCAGUCUAUUACGAAAAUAAAGAGUUUCUAUGCAACGGAAAGAGUGUUUAUUAUCAAAUUAAACCGUCUUUAUGUUUACUUAUGCUUAAUGCCCAGCAUUAUUUUUAAAAAAGUGUCGAGAAAGAUGUGUAGUUAGCGUUAGCUCGACAAUGCUAAUGACUUGCUAACUUAGCUAACAAGUAAACAUGCUGCAUGAAACAGCCUUAAACAGCCGGAUACGUAUAGGUUGACCCCUGGACCUACACAGCAGGGAUGAAGAAGUGGAGCUGGAGAGAAGGACAGCGGCCACACCGGCGACAAGGUGCUGGUCAACACCAUGGGUGGUACAGACACAACCGGCAAAGGUCAACACAGGACGAACAGUGGUCUGGAUAUAAUGAUGCAGGGCCGUCAUUUAGAGCACCUCAGAGGAGACAUGACAGCCAGACAGCCUCCUCCUCAUCAUCUGCCUCCUCCUCCUCCUCCUCCUCAUCUUCCUCCUCUACUACCACUAGUGCUGCACCAGAGUUGCCUGGUUUCUAUUUUGACCCAGAGAAAAAUCGUUACUUCCGUGUGUUGCCCGGACACAACAACUGUAACCCACUAACCAGAGAGAAGAUACAGGAGAAAGAACGAGAGAAAGAAAGAAACAAGAUGCUUGUGGAGGAUGAAAAGCCCAGGAAAAAAGCACCGAGAACAGGACUGAACACUUCGCUGCUGCUGCAAAAAAGACAUCUUGGCAUGUUACCUCAGAACUCCUAUUGCAGGCUGAUCCAUGAGCUGAAGGUCAGUGGAAUGAAACGCCACAAACUAGAGAUCCAGAGCACAGACAACAGCAGCCCCAACACUGACAACUUCAGACUCACAGUGGGCGAUUCUGCCUGUGAGCGAGUGUUCACAGUCAACGACGUGUCACACGGCGGCUGCAAGUACGGCAUCAUGAACUUCAGCAGCAGCAGCCGAGGAUCUCUGUCCGUGGAAAUGUGCGACAACCUCUACUUCACAAACCGCAAGGUGAAUUCCGUCUGCUGGGCCUCGGUCAACUACCCGGACUCCCACGUUUUGCUGUGUCUGGUCGGAGCAGCAGACACCCCCGGCUGCGUCAGUUUACUUCCUGCUUCCCUCUUCAGCAACUCCAACCCAGAACAGCCCGGGAUGCUGUGUAGCUUUAAGAUAUCUUCAGCCUGGUCUUGUGCUUGGUGCUUCAACCCCCAGUUUGACAAGACCUUCAGCACCGGCUUGUCUCGCAGGGUGAUAGUGAAAGAUGCAGAGACGGGCCGAACACAGACGUACAGCACCGGCAGCGACGUCUUGGCUCAGCACUUUGCCCGUAGGGUCCCUGUGCUGUUUAAUGGUUGCAGAUCGGGGGAGAUCUUCAGCAUCGACCUGCGGCAGCGAGGGCGCAGGGACCAAAGCUGGAAGGCCAGCCGCUUCCAACAAGAAUCCGCCAUCACCUCUGUACGCGUCCUGCAGGAUGAGAACUACCUGCUUGCUGCUGACAUGCUGGGCCAGAUUAAGAUGUGGGAUGUGCGAGUGACAAAGCCAGUGCAGGAGUACAAAGGGCACAAUAAUGAGCAUGCCUACCUUCCCAUCCACGUCAUUGAGCCUGAGGGGCUUCUGUUGGCAGUCGGUCAGGAUUGCUACACAAGAUUAUGGAGCCUAAAAGACGGCCACCUGCUAAGGACUAUCCCAUCACCGCACCCGGCCGCAAACGACAUGAUCCCCAGUGUGGUCUUCUCCUCCAGGCUGGGCGGCUGUAAAGGGCUCCCCGGCCUGCUCAUGGCCGUCAAACACGACCUUUACUACUUCCCGUACAACACCGACUACCAGGAAGGAGGAGAGCAGCCGGACUGUUUUUAAGAAAUGACUGAAGAUCACCAUCUGCUUUUUUGCCAAAUGUUUGAAUGGACUUAUAUUCAUAAAUAAAAGUCUAAUAGGUAUUUUAUGAGUGAAAGUGUUCAGCCAGUAUGCAGUUAGAUUUCACAAGGCUGUGCUCAUCUUUUGAUUGGGAAGGUGAGCUCACAAGAGUUACAUUGAAGUCUCAGGGAAAUUUUAUUUUUGACCUACUUAUUUGUGCCAAAAGGUAUGGAAGCCCAUUGUGAUUUCCAAUGUGAUUUUAUAAGUCAUAGAAAUAAUGACUGUGUCUCAAAGUAAUGACUUAGUAUUGAAAAAUAAUUUGUUUUGCAAAAUAUUGUGAAACUUGAACAACGUAAUGGUAUUAAAAAAAACUGAUCUGGUUACUGAAAAUUGAUUUGCAUCUCAGUUUCAUGAGUUAGUAUCUUUUGAGGUUAUUUUGAGAUACCAAGUCAUUAUUUUGAGAGGAAAGAGGAAGGAAUGCUACAAUACACGAGUGCAAAUAAUUACAACAGUUAAGAUUUCUGUAACCUUAAAAACAAAUAAGUGCUCUUAUUUAUGACAUGAUUGACCUUUUGAUUCCAUGUAAUUUAGGUUGUGUCUGUUCUGAAUUUGAAAAGUACAAUGAUGCAUUUUUACUGUAAAUCAACACAUUUUCUUAUUGUUGAAUGACAUCAGUGUACACGGUGAUUUAUUGCAUUGUAUUUGUUACUAAAUGAAACACAGAGAGACUGAGUUUCUGCAGUUUAAUACAUACUGUAUGAGCAUA